CUGUGAAGAUCUGCCACAUAGAAGACUUUCUCCUGAAUCCAUUCUGGAAGCAUGUGAAGCACAUCAGAAGGAAUCUGCUUCCUUACCACCAAAAUUCUGCAUAAAGAAAAUGGUUCAGUUUGCAGUAGGAAGUGUCAGUGAGACAGAGCAGGUGGUCACUGAAGACAGCACAGCCUCUCAGCUGAACAGAAGUCAUGUGAUAAGGAAAAGACUGCAUGAAAAAAUAUCGGACACCUCAGCGCUGUCAUCCCAGAUGAAUUUUCACCAAGACAAAGGGUCCAGAUUAAUGAACUAUAGUCAGUCAACAGAAGAUUACAGACAACUCUCUGUGGAUUAUAGUGACUCUAAUAGUAUUUCUGAAAGUACAUCUUUGAUAUUGUCUAACCGAGGACACAGGAGAGGAAGAACUCCAGAGACACACAGAUCAUGUGACACCACACUCAGUGGGUCAAGGACACAAAGUAGCUACAAGCUCUUCAUAAACAGGUCGGUGAGCGCUGUAGAAGAAAUCCCGGGUGGAACACAGAAGAACAACCGACAGAACCUACUAAGCUUGGGCUCCACCUUCUCUGUGUCUACAAAGGACUACUCAGCAGCUGCUGCAUCACAGAAAUGUUUGUUCCACAGGAAAGAAAAGUUUUCAGGUCCAGAGUUUGUUAUUUUGUCUAGCGAACCACCAGUGACCUUACAGCUGCCUGGAUCAAUUGUGACUAAAAAAGGGAAAUCCUAUUUGUCCCAAAGGGAUCUUAACGUAAUUUUACUGAAUGGCCAGUGCCUUGAGGUGCAAUGUGACAUCAAGACCAAGGCAAGAGAUGUUUUCAACACUGUGGUGGCAUAUGCAAACUUGGUGGAACAUUUCUACUUUGGCUUGGCUUACCUGAAAGGUAAAGAAUUCUUCUUUUUGGAUGAAGAGACCAAACUCUACAAAGUUGCCCCAGAUGGCUGGAAUGACCAACCCAAGAAGAAAAUGUCCAUCAUUAAUUUCACACUCUUUCUAAGAAUAAAAUUCUUUGUCAACCACUUUAAUGUUAUUCAACACGGCUUGACAAGGCAUCAGUUUUACCUGCAGCUUCGUAAAGAUAUUUUGGAGGAGCGAUUAUAUUGCAGUGAUGAGACUGCCCUGAAACUCGGCGCUUUGGCUUUGCAAGCAGAGCUUGGCAAUUAUGCUUCUGAGAUGCAUGGAAAGAGCUAUUUUCGUGUUGAAGACUACGUUCCAGCAAGUCGAAUAGAGAGAAUGACCCUGGCAUAUGUACAGCGAGAGCUUGCUAAAUUACAUCGUAUGAAUCGCUCCCUAUUUGAGGAUGAAGCUGAACUAGAAUUUUUAAAGGUGACUCAGCAACUUCCUGAAUAUGGAGUGUUAUUCUAUCGUGUAUCCCAAGAGAAGAAAGGGACAGAAGGGGACAUCAUCCUUGGAAUCUGUGCCAAAGGCAUCAUCGUCUAUGAGAACAAAAAUCACACUAGAAUUGCCAGUUUAAGAUUCCAGUGGCGUGAAACAGAAAGAAUUUCAGCUCAUAGAAAAAAAUUCAUGAUUGAAAGCAGUUUCAGUGGCAAGAAACACACCUUCAUUACUGAUACAGCAAAGACAUGUAAAUACCUACUGGACCUCUGCUCUGCCCAGCACAAAUUCAAUGCACAGAUGAACUCUAGGCAACUUCGGCAAACUUCAUCAGAGGACAGUAAAUUUCUGGAAAUAGACAAAUCAAAUUCUGCAUAUGCAGCUCAGCAUGAACACCUUGCCCUUAUUCAGAGACUGUCUCGGUCAGAGAAUGUGCUCUAUGGAGCAAACCUGGAAAACCUUUCUGCUGGGAUGAUGAGCAAAUCUUGUGAUAACCUCAGUGUGGAAACCAACAACAGGACUAGAGACAAAAGCAAUCUUGGCAGAUCUGUAUCAGGGCUAUCCCAGUCAGAAAUGCACAUCAAUUUGAAUGGAAAGCAAAGGAGUUAUGACUUCCUCUCAAUCCAUUCAACUCAGAACACAAUCAGUGCACCUGGAUCACCAGCCAUGCAAAAGGAAGUUUUGCUAAGUGGUCUAGAAAGAGAAAUCAUCUGUGUCAGCCUAAAACGUGACCCUAAGAAUGGAUUUGGUUUUGUAAUUAUUGGAGGAGAAAAUGUAGGAAAAUUAGACCUUGGUAUCUUUAUCGCUUCAAUUAUCCCUGGGGGACCUGCAGACAGAGCUGGAAAUAUCAAACCAGGAGGACGACUCAUCUCUGUGAAUAAUAUCAGUCUUGAGGGUGUUUCAUUUAAUACUGCAGUUAAAAUCAUACAGAAUUCUCCUGAUGAAGUGGAGCUCAUCAUCUCUCAACCCAAAGACGUGUAUGAAGAAGGAUUAAAUGAAGACAAGAAUCUAUCAAGAGGAAACAGCACUAGUGGAUCUGAGAUCUCCUGUGUAGACAGUGGGAGAAAAAAGAUUCAGGAUUGUCAUACAGCUCUCCUCAAAGAACAGGACACAAAUAUAGAUGAACUUGAGAAGACUCUCUCUUGGAAUUUAGCAUCAAAAUCAGGCCCUAGGAUUCCAGUUCCUUCAGCUGAUAGCCUGGAUGUAGAGGCAGCUGAUUCUUCCCACUUAGCAUCUUCAUCAGAAACCAACUCAAAGGAAAUCUACACAGUGGAACUUGUUAAAGAAGAUGGGACUUUUGGAAUCAGUGUGACUGGUGGAAUUAACACCAGUGUGCGUCAUGGUGGGAUAUAUGUGAAGUCAAUUAUUCCCAGAGGACCAGCAGAUAAGGACGGACAAAUAAAGAUAGGUGAUCGUCUGCUGGAAGUAGAUGGCAUCAGCCUCUGUGGCAUCACCCACAAACAAGCUGUGGAACACCUUAAGAAAUCUGGCCAGAUUGCCAAACUGGUUCUAGAAAGGGGAAACUACCAACUGGCAGAGCCAUGUUUGACUGCUAAUGACAGAAAGGAGGACCAAUGUGCAGUAGUUUCUGUGGCAACAUCCCUCACAGAUGGUACCAAGGACUGCUGCUUUUUGACAGAUGAUAACACAUUUGAAGUGAAAUUAACCAAGAACUCUGGAGGCCUUGGAUUUAGUGUCCUGCAGAUGGAAGGAGAUGCUUGUGAACACCUUGGAGGAGCUAUUGUCAGGAUCAAAAGACUGUUUCCAGGGCAGCCAGCUGAAGAGAAUGGAGAAAUUGAAGUUGGAGAUGUCAUUUUAAAUGUGAAUGGGAAACCUCUCAAAGGGCUCCUGUAUCAGGAUGUCCUGCAUUUGCUAAGAGGAGCUCCUCGAGAAGUUACACUGCUACUUUGCAGACCACCAAAAGGUGUUCUUCCAGAAAUAGAGCAGAUUGCUUUGACUCCAGCACCAUCUCCAAUUAAGGACUUUGUGGCAGAAAUGCCAAGCAACAGAGAGGCAGGAAACAGUAUGGAUCAAUCCACCAGUGACGAAGGUAGCACCUCUCCAGACCUCGAAGAUUGCCUCGAUUCUCCAGUGGGAGAAGAUUUCAGUGAGCCUCCUGAGGAUGACAGCUCAGCUUACGAUGAGCAGGAAGCUGAGUUUCAAGAGAAACCCAUACAGAAACUCCCAACUUCCAGAGAGAGUUUCUAUAAGCAUCUUUGGAAGAUUCAUCAAGAAGCUUCCAGUUCUGAAAUCUUCCACUCUCUGGAGGAGGAAGUGAAGCAGAACUGCUACUCACCAUGUGAAUUUGGACAGGUCAAAAGCUCAAUGCCUGUGACCCCACUUCCACGAAGAGGAAGCUCUGAGACAGUCUCUGCAACCACUGCGACCCCACAGCCACGUGUCUGUGGUCCCUCGUCAUCAUCAUCCCUGCCUGACAGAGAGACACAUGACAGUGACAAUGAAUGGGAAGACGUGGAGGAGCCAGAGGAAGAGAAGGAAGAAAAUGAAGAUUGCACUCAGGAAAUGGAGAUCUUUGUGACUUUGACAAAGUCAGAGAACAACGGUUAUGGAUUCUCUGUAGUUCUUAACAAAAUGGACACCUGCCUGUACGUUGAUGAAAUCUUGAAUGAUCCUGCCCUUUCUGAUGGAAGAUUGAGAAGGGGAGACAGAAUCAUUAUGGUGAAUGGAACUGAUGUCACAUCUUUGCCAUGCAAUGAAGUCCUGACUUUACUGCAAAGUUCUCCUCCAGAUCUGCACCUUGUGGUUGGUCGUGCUGACAGUGACCCACGUCCCCCAGUUAGGCCAGAUGAGAUUCCUGAAAUUACUCUCACAAAGGGUGCCGAUGGACAGCUAGGCUUGAAGCUGACAGGAGGAGCUGGAAGCAAGUUACAAGGUAUUUAUGUGCUAGAGAUAGUGCCUGGCUCUCCUGCCAGUGUGGAAGGCAGUUUGCAGCCACGAGAUCAGAUUGUUUACAUCUGUGGACUGUGCACUGAGGGCAUUAGCCUGGAUGAUGCAGUGAGAGUGUGUGAAGCUGCCACCCAGAAUGUUCAAAUCAAAGCCACCAGAAAUGGCAAUCCAGUGGUUCCUAUAGAACAGGAAAAUAGGCCACCAGCUGAAACAGAGAAAGCCAAUAUUUCCUUGUCAGAUGAAAACCUGAACUCUCAGGAACAGCAUCUGCUUCAUCAACAUGAGAAACAUUUGGAGGACACAAACUGUGAUGCUCAGCAGAACACUCCCGAUUCUCCAGAAUGUAAAGACUUCAUUAUUAAGAUUGAGCUGGAAAAGGCAGAAAAUGGAAGCCUAGGAUUUGCACUGGUAGGUGGAAAAAAUGGCAGAGCUAUCCUAAUAAAAGCCAUCAGCCCAGAGAGCAGUGCAGAUCUAGAUGGGAGACUUCAAGUUGGUGACAUCUUACUUAAGGUGAAUGAGACUUUUGUGUCUGGUCUGCCACGCCAAACAGUUACAGAUUUGCUGCGCAAGGCUCAAGGCACUGUUCAACUCACUGUCUGCCGAAGUGUGGCUUUGCACUGGGCUUAUUCAGGCAACCACAGCAACAGAGCUUCCACUCCAAACACAAAAGCAGAGCCUGUGAGUGGUGGGGAAAGCCUGCAAGCUCAGCCUGUUUUCACUUUCAAGGAAGAAGGCUCCAGCCAAAUGUGCCACAAGGAUGAACAAAGAACAGACAAAUCUCUCCAAGGUCAGGUGGCUGGACAAGACUAUAAGGAUAUCAUUAGUAACAUUUCAGAAAGGUCACAGAAAUGUGCAGAAUGUGAAAGCUGCAGAAGAGAAAAUCAGAAGUCUGAGUCAGGAAGCUGGAACAAUGAAGAUGAUGUUAUUCCCCACAGGAUUCCUGUUCUACCUAGAAACAGAACCUUUGCUUCUGGAGAUGAACUGACUCAGUUAAUUAACUUGAAACCAUCACAGAGUGGAAUAGAUCCAAGGACUGACAUAACAGGUCUUAUUCAAGGCCUUCAGCUGCGGAUUGAAAAUCAAGAGGUGCUAAAGGAGUUUAUGGCUUUAGAACAUGUGAAACCAAUAGAUGACUGCAGAAUUGGCAAAGCACCAGAAAACCAAAACAAAAACAGAUACCGAGAUAUCCUUCCAUAUGAUAAGACACGGGUUCCUCUGGGAGAAAAGAAUGGCUACAUUAAUGCAAGCUACAUUAGAAUGAAUGUUGGAGAAGAGGAACACUUUUAUAUUAUAACCCAAGGGCCUCUGCCAUCCACUAUGGCUGAUUUCUGGCAAAUGGUCUGGGAGAGUGAAUCAGAUGUGAUUGCCAUGAUGACAAAAGAAGUGGAGUUAGGGCAAAUCAAAUGUCAUCGAUACUGGCCUGAAUCUCCCUAUGACUCUAAAGACCUGGCUAAUUUCUAUCUCAGGCUACACAAUUACCAGAUUAUGGAAUACUUCAUAAUUAGAAAAAUAGAAAUUAUCAACAAGCAGACAGAAGAAAAGCGCAUUAUAAGUCACUUGCAAUUUAUCACUUGGCCAGAGCAUAAUACUUCCAAACUGGCUGAGCAGCUUGUAAAAUUUAUUUGUUACAUGAGAAAAACUCAUAGGACUGGACCUAUUAUUGCUCACUGUAGCACUGGCAUUGGAAGAAGUGGAGUUUUGCUGUGUGUUGAAAUUCUUCUCAGCCAUAUAGAAAAAGAUUUAUGUUUCAACAUCAAGCAGAUAGUGAGAGAUUUGCGAGAUCAGCGUUUUGGCAUGAUCCAAACUAAGGAUGAGUAUUUAUUCUGUUAUGAAGUUGUUCUGGAAGUCCUUCAGAUCCUCCGAGCAAUGGAUUCCUACUGAAUAUGAUUCCUACAAUAUGAGUCUUCCAGUUGCUGUUCCACAUGGACUCCAGGAACUGCUCAGCAACUACUUUAAAGAGACGUAAAGCCAGCAGACAAGUGUUAUUACAUGCUUUUUUAGAAUUCCCUGAUUUCAAAGUAAUUUUAAAACCUUGUUUAACAUGUCCUGUGUAAGUAAUGCAUUUCUUGGCUCAAAGGAUGAAGAAACAGCCAGCCAGCACUGCAACACUGCUGUGUUAAAUUGCUAUGGACAAUUUUUGCAUUCUGUGUAAUAACAUAUUAAUUGCUAGGAAUAUAUGUUGGGGCCAUAGCAAGGCUAUAGCAGCCUUUGGAAUUAGCUUUACUAUCUGGAGGGCAACUAUAAAGAUCUAAGAUUCUGUUGGUGUUGGUGGAAGAUUAGCUGACCCUUAUCUAUUGUUGUGCACUAUUGGCUUCUGGACAGCAAAUCAGUAUUUACUCCAGCAGUUAUGCUUUGGCAUGGAGCCACGCAAUUUGGUGACCUUUGGCUGCUUGAACAAUGUAGAACCAUUCCCAGUCAUUACUCCAGCCCAUGAGUUUAUGCCACUAUCACUAGACAUCUUAAAUCAAGAAACUGACAGAAAAAAUAGGAUGCCUUUAAAGCCUGGUUCUCUACAAAGGAAGAGCAUUCUAAUAAUUAGAUGGAAGACUAAUUUUUUCCAGCAAUAUGAACAGAUGUAGAUAGCAUCAGUGUUUUCAUUCUACAUCCAUAGAAACAGGAAUGCUAAGCCAGGUGAAACAACUGUGUGUGCAUUGUGGUACACACAUACAUUUCAUCUUUCCCUAAUCCUUUACAAUGAUUGACUAUCUUUUCAUUCUUACCUACGAUCUGAAAUAUGGGAUGUCCUGCUGGUCUGAGUAGGGGCUGAAUCAGAUCGUUAAAUUAAAGAACUCUCUGUACAGUUUAUUUUUCUUGUAAAAAGUGUUUCUGUUUGUAUGGGUGGAUUUGAGCAGAAAUUUGCUGUUCAAGGUGUAAGAUUGUAUUUGUUUCCAUAAUAGUACUUCUAAGUCCUUAUCUAGAAGGUGACAUACAGAAGUGAUUAGAUGUGCGUUAGAAGAGUAACUUGCAAACAUAGGAAACGGAAACAAUCUAAAUUGUACAUAUUUUAAAAACUUAUUUGGUUUAUGCUAAAGAGAAAAUAUUAAGAGGCAUUGGCUAUAAAACUGCAGUUGAAGCAAGCAAAUAAAAUACCUAUUUAUUUUAUUACCUAUUACAAAUUAGAGGUUCAUAAUUCAGAAAGAAUGGUGUAUUAAAUAAAAAUUUGAAGUAUGGCUUUUAGGAAAAGCCACUGUAAUAGAGUUAUAAUUAAGGCCAAGGCACAUUUUUUCUUUCUGCCCUCCAACAGUCUGGAGGCAGGAAUAUAUAAAAAUGCAAUUAAUUAUGUGACCCAGAUGCUAAUUUCAAGCAUAUUAAUAAAGUUCCAGAGCAAAGCUAAAUGCUAAUCCAGGAGUAACCUUGGAUUUAUAUUGAUAUAAAUGUAUGCAGAAUUCAAUGACUUAUCUUAAAUUCAUUGAAUUUGGUCCUUCCUCAAAGCAUUACUCUCCAUACAUUCUGCAUUUAUUAUCCUUACGCUGCAUACAAAGGACUGUUCACACAAUUUUGUCAAAUAUCAACAGCCAAUUUUUUUUUCAUAACUUUGUUACCUUCAUUUCUUAUUUGGCCUUUCACUUUGACUUUAAUUACUGCACAUGUACUACUAGGCAGUCAAUGCAUUACACUGUAAUGAAUGCACACUUCAUCUUUUGUACCACAAAAAUUUAAUAAGCAUCCUAGUGAAAAUAUUCCUGUACUUCAUGCAAAGGUGUUUUUUCUGUGGCUUAGAACAAGUAUUCUGGAUUUAGAAGACAAUCCUCAUAGAUCACUAUUUUUGCAUCAUCUUUGCAGUUGUUUGAAAGAUGUGUUUGCUGUUUGACCUAAGUUUUUCCUGUUUUGCAGAGAUAUUAAAAAGAUUUCUGAAAA